UAGGGUAGUGGUUUGUGGUAUUAUCUGUGAUUAUGCCUGAUAAUAAUAAUAAUCAAAGCCAAGAGUUCAGGUAAAUCAGGUCUCCCUGACCCACAGGAUCAUCACGACACACAGACAGGUCCUGCAGGAGCGACUGUGGUGUAGGAGCAGCGAUCCCGUCUCUCCCUGUGAUAGUGGUGGUGUUGGCUGUGUUAAGAUGCUGCUUGGCGGAGGAUGCUGUGCAAGGGGCUCUCCCCGGGAUGCUGAGGUGGGUAGAAUGAGAGGAUGUGUAUAGUGGAAGUAGGAGAGGAACGAGGAAGAAGAGGAGGAGGAGGAGAUGUGGGUAGGGAAGAGGACAUUUGAGGAGUCUUACUCGAUUAUGUCGCUAUUCAUUCUGUGUAGAAAUAGUGCAUAUAGAAGUGGUUGAAGUUAUUAAUUUUAGUGGCUAUAAAAUGAUUUAUAGUAUUGAGAUCUGUAUGAAUUUAGUGCUUUGUUAAUCUACUACUGCUGCUUCUACCAAUAAUAAUAAUAAUAAUAAUAAUAAUAAUAAUAAUAAUUGGACAACAGUAAAAAAAACCCAUUUAACAUGUCCUUCCCCAGGUCCAGACUCGGGGAUCUGUACAAACUACGUAAAUCACUUGAAAAAACAGUCUCACCAGAGAAUCCAACCACGCCAUUGACGACAACCACGACCACUACGACACCAGCAGCACCUCCUCGCAGCUCCCAGCCGAAAUGGGGGUGGUUGCCUGCAUCUGAGAGCAUUCUAAGCUCUGACGAUGUGUAUUUCGGUCUCUCAGACCUCAUCAACAAUGGCGAGGACCGCAGAGAUUUCUUCAAGAGCCCGCAGGGUCAGACCAAAGCCAAAGGAUCGCCAGAAUUCAACGGUCACCUGCUUUCAGAGGUGGACAUGGGGCAACAGAAACUCGACCCUCUGGAGCACAAGAUUGGGGAUCUCAAGGGUAACUUUCUCGAGGAUAAUGUCCACAACAACGUUGUCGAGGUUGACCAGGGGAAGUUCUUCGGGAAAAGCAUCGACAACCAGACGCUUGAGACUGUCCAGGACGCUCCCGAAGAACACUGGGCGAGGCUGAAAAGCAUCUUCGGCAACAUGAAGUCGAUCCUGGAGCAGAUGUACCCGGCGGAGAGCAGCGGCGAAAAGAUGGCGUUUUCCUUCAUAGACAAGGCCAUCUCGAUGGGAGACAAGGUCCAUCUUCUCAGUCGCGUGCGAGACACCUUCGACCAUGAGUUCCUGGACUUUCUGGAACACAAGUGGAAAGACGUCAGAGAGGCUGUGGUCAACAGCCAUCCUUUCCUGAAGGUGGCGAUGUCGUCUAGCACACAAGAGAUGGGCAAAAACUUCUUGACGAUGGUGGUUCGUCAGGUGGGUCAUUUGCUACACAACCAGGCCUUCAAUCACCUCUCUGAGCUCGACUUUGUGACGGAGCUUAUGAGGAGUUCAGGAUUCAAGGACUUGGAGAUUUAUAAGGUCUUCGACCUGCUGGGUCUUCCUAACGAUGCUGUGAGCGCUGCUGCCGAACUGGAAUCCCGCCAGUUAGGAUACGGCUACACGGUAGAAAAAUCUGGAGGCUACGGGCACUCCGGAGGCGGUGGCGGCGGCUACGGAGGCGGUGGCGGCGGUUAUGGAGGCGGCUAUGGCGGUGGCUACAUGCAGAGCUUCGACCCGUUCGUACUACUGGCGGGGCUGGCUUUUGCUACGUUCCUGGCAUAUCUCAUCUACCGGUUACUGUCCAGCACCGCCGCCGCCGGCAGGAGGGAAGUGCCGGAUAUGUCACUAGCACUUGACCUCUCUGAUCUACCAGACGUCGUUGGCAACAUCUACUCCUGGUUGGAGAACACAGAACAACUCUACGGCACCAAGAACACUGAACAUGACUUAAGCCGCAACUUCAGCUGGUCAGCCAACCAGCUGUGGACCAACUUCCAGGUGGACCGUCUCUCCCAUGAGUGUGUGAGGAGGUACAUGUGUGAUCAUACCCAGGCUACCAGCACUGCCAUGAUGGACUCUAGCUCUGUGAUGGAGCAGCUAGCUCUAACGGGUCUGGCGUUGCUGUUUGGAGAGGAGGAUGCGGCUCCUCUUGUCGACAGAAUCCAGAAGGAGGUCCUCGACGGACGCGACGUUCAGUGCCACGAUCUUGCACCUCAGUGCGACGACGCGGCCUACCAAGGUCUUCCCGUCAGAGGCCUCCCGAAGCAGGCUCUGAAGAAGUAAGGCGUCCAUAUGUCUUCGCUCCUGAGGGGAUGAGGGCGUCUGCAGGAAAGGCUUCUACAAUUAAUGGAGCCCUAAGGGGGUCAGUCGAUUCUUUAUGCAGCUCUUUGCUUAUAGAUAGCCAUCCAUUCCUGAAGGAAGAAUCCGUCCCUGAAUCUUCUGCUUCUGAUGGUCCGUCCACUUCUGAUGGGGCAGUCUACUCCUGAGAGGAUCGUCCACAGGAAGGACGUCUACACUUAAGGCAUUACAGCAUCUACACUUCAGGCCUUACGGAAGUCUAGGCGCUGAAAACUAGGUUUUCGUCGUCUGCUAAGAUAGGGUUCUAUACGGCGUGGGCCAGUCAGUGGCCCUAAAAUCCUCAGAUAAGAAGUUGCACGUUAGAACGCUGAAGUGUCGUUAUCUCUCACCUCACUACUUUAUCACUGUUAAUCUCUCUUCUCCUUCCAUUUCCUUUCGGACUUCCGUCCAUUCCUCCACCCUCAUCCUUCUCUUUAUUUCACCUCUUAUCUUUGUCCUCCUCUUAUUCUUCCCUUUCACCUGCCACCUCCUCUUCAUUCCUUCAAUUCUUCUCCUCCUCCACUCAACCCGAGUGCAUCAGGUUGGGUAGAGGAGCAACCUUGCCACCCUUAUUAUCAAGUUGCCUUCUACCCGUCCACCUCAGAAUUUCUUUUUCAAUAAAAAUAUUUCUCCCGUGCUAACGGUCAUUUAUUCCAUUAGACAACCAGAUCCCCGAGUUACCUUUAUCAUGGGUGCCAUCGCUGGCACUGUGUGCCAGGUUGUCUCUUAGGUUAUAUAGACGGCUGAGAUGCAAUAUAGUUUCGUGUUUCGUAUAUGUGUGGCACAGAGCACAGAACACCAGAGCACAGAGCACAGAGGAGAGGAAUGGCUUUAGACUCGUGUCCCUCCCUCUUAUGUUGGGUUGUAGCACUUGCUAUGGUUGUAAUAAUGAUGGUAAUUCUGCUUUUACACUUUGUGGAGUAAGGUGUGUACUGACCUAUUUGAGCUCACCUAUUUGUGGUU